UCAGUCGGUUCGUCGCUGCUCGACCAAAAAAAAAAAAAAAACAAGUUUGAAGAAAAACCCUCCCGUCGCCCGUUGAGUCGUUUGUUGUAGUUUUUCUUUUGGUGGGAAGCCAGUUUGGGAUGGCGCUCCAGAUGUGGAUGUCUGGCCUGCUGGUCCUCGCCGCUGUCGUUCCUUCAGCAGAGGCCUUGAACCUGUACGACCCUCAGCUUUGUUACAUCCUGGACGGUUUCCUCGGUCUGUACGGACUCAUCAUCACCGGCAUGUUCAUCAAGGAGAAGUUCUUCAGAACCAAAUCGAAGGUCGCAGAGGACAGCAUCUACUCUGAUCUGCGCGGUCAGGACAACGCUCCGUACGCUCCGCUGAUGCCGAACAGAGAUCCUGAGAGAGGAGGACGAAACCGUAAGGCAGCAGACGACACCUACCAGGAUCUGACCCCACGUACCGAAAGCAGCUACAAGGAACUUCCUGCCAGGAAAGAGCGUCAGAGGAAGAACGAGCAGGUCUACCAGGGUCUGAGUUCGGCCACCAGAGACACGUACGACUCGCUCCAGAUGCAGCAGCUUCCUGCUCGCUAACGACGACGACACCAACAUCCUCUUAUCCGACUUUUAUUGGUUGCUACGGCGACGGUUUGAUCGUCUGUUUUAGAUUUCGAUGAUUUGUGGAGAUCUGAACGCAGGCUGUCGUUGGUUCGCCUGUUUUAUUACGUAGAUUCAUAUUUGGAGGGUUUUUAUGACACGUGGAGGCGACAAAAAACUAAACUAGUUUAUUUUCAAACACAGAAACAUAAAAG